ACUGUUGUAGGAACCAACUCGAUCGAAGAUCAAAACAAACCCCAAUUAGCAUAGACCCAUUAUAUUUUUGUGGGUAUAAAAACCUGAAACACCCCUCGGUGUGCCAACAGAUUUGGCACAAACAUGAAGCUCUUCCUCAUUGCUGUGGCCCUUGUGGGCCUGGUGGCCGCCGAUGUCAGUCACCUCAAGCUGGGCCAGGCCGCCGAUGGCGGCUACGGCUUCUCGACUUCCUCCUCAUCCUCAUCCUCGUCGUACUCCUCGGGCUCUGUGGUUCCUGGAGGCGAUUCCAGCUCCUACCAGCCCGCCGAAUACACUCCCGCUCACCUGAAGGCUUCUGUGGCCUAUGGAGCUUCUGUGGCUUCUGGAUCUUCCGAGGCUGCUGAGGUCGUUCCUGGAGGCGAUUCCAGCUCCUACCAGCCCGCUGAGUACACUCCCGCUCACCUGAAGGCUUCCUAUGGAGCUUCUGGAUCUUCCGAGGCUGCAGAGGUUGUUCCUGGUGGAGAUUCCAGCUCCUAUCAACCCGCUGAAUACACCCCCGCUCAUCUGAAGGCUUCCUACGGAGCAUCUGGAUCCUCUGAGGCCUCCGCAGUGGCCCCUGGAAGCGACUCGAGCUCCUACCAGCCCGCUGAAUACACCCCAGCUCAUCUAAAGGCUUCCUAUGGAGCUUCUGUGGCGUCUGGAUCUUCCGAGGCUACUGAGGUUGUUCCCGGAGGAGAUUCCAGCUCCUAUCAACCCGCUGAAUACACCCCCGCUCACCUGAAGGCUUCCUAUGGAGCUUCUGGAGCGUCUGAGGCCUCCGAGGUUGUUCCUGGAGGAGACUCCAGCUCCUACCAGCCGGAAGAGUACACUCCCGCCUAUCUGAAGACUUCAGUUCCAGCUCCCAUUGGCGCUGAUACCGUUGCUCCGGUUCCUGCCGCCAUUGGAGCCGACACUUACACCCCCGAGAAGUUCAUUUCCAAAUCCGAUCGUCAGGCCCACUACAAGUACAUCCAAGAGCAGCAGCAGGUCGUCGUUCCUGGCGGAGAUUCCAGCUCCUACCAGCCCGCUGAAUACACUCCUGCUCACUUAAAGACUGCCUCCGUCGCUUAUGGAGCUUCUGUGGUUUCUGGAGCCUCUCAAGCUGCCGAGGUCGUUCCUGGCGGAGAUUCCAGCUCCUACCAGCCCGCUGAGUACACUCCCGCCCACCUCAAGUCCUCCGCCGUGGUGCAGAGCUCCUCCUUCGUGCAGGCCGCUCCCCAGGCCAGUCUGAUCCCAGCCUACGUCCAGGGCCAGGUGGUGUCCGCCAUCAGCAAGCAGCUCCAGGCCCCGGCUGUCAUUGGAGCCAACACCAUCACACCGGCCCACCUGUACGAGGAGCCCGCCACCAACGGCAUCGAGGAGUUCAACCCGGAGACCCAUGUGCCCGUGGUGAUUGGACGCGACACCAUCACCCCGGCCCACCUCCUGAAGACUAGCCAGGGCACUCAGUACGCCGCCAACGGAGGUUACGUCUACUAAUUUAAGUCUGUCCCCGCCGAAGAGUCUAAUAAAUAUAACUAUC